GAGCGCUGCAGAGACAGAGGGAGAGAGGAGGUGGGGCGGUCCUCUGCUGCUCUAAUCCUCCACUUCUGUUUGUGUAGUGAUGCUCUUUAAAUAUAGUGAGUAGAAACCUACACAUUACAAUUUUAGGCCAUGAAUGAAUUUGAAAAUUAGUUUUGAGGUCGGGACACCUUCAAAGUCUUCGGAGUCUGUUCUGGAGUGAAAAUUGAACUGCCUGGACGCUGCAGCCACCAGAAGGAGCAGCACCCAUCAAACCUCCUGUUUCCUCUUCUAGCACAUCAUCCAUUAGAAACCAAUGCACAGCAGAGCAGCUCCACUCACUCUGCAUCACUACCACUGUCACUUAUCCUGCUAAACUAAACUAGAGUUUAACUACUACUGUUCCUUCUUACCUGUGAGUCGGCAUUCCGAGUCAGAAUGUCUCAUCACAACAACAUUUACCAACAAGAAGAGCUUGACAGCUAUAGAGACGGAGGAGGUGGCUAUGGUUACCAAGCAGAGUACCCAUACCAGGAGGAGGACGCGGCCAGCGACGCCACCGAAGGACACGAUGAGGAGGAUCAGAUGUACGAGGGCGAGUAUCAGGGGAUUCCACACCCCGACGAGGUGAAGGCUGCCCAGAGAGCCGCACGGAGCAAAGCCAGAACCGCUGGAGACAUCGCUUCUGAACUGGAGGAGUUAUCUCAGCAGUACGAGGACAUAAUGGAGGACUGUGGUCACGGGAGGUUCCAGUGGACCCUCUUCAUGGUGUUGGGCCUGGCUCUCAUGGCUGAUGGAGUCGAGUGCUUUGUGGUUGCGUUUGUCCUGCCGUCUGCAGAGAAGGACCUGUGCCUGUCUAAUGCAGAGAAAGGAAUGCUGGGUCUGACGGUCUUUCUGAGCAUGAUGGUGGGGGCGUUCGUGUGGGGCGGCCUGGCAGACAAAGUGGGCCGCCGGCGCUGUCUGAUCGUGGCGUUGGCUAUAAACUGCGUCUCUGCCUUCCUGUCGUCGUUCGCACAGGGCUAUGGCUUCUUCCUCUUCUUCAGGCUGCUGUCUGGCAUUGGUAUUGGAGGCACUGUGCCAAUCGUCUACUCAUACUUCUCUGAGUUUCUUCAGAUGGACAAGAGAGGGGAACAUUUGUCGUGGCUGUGCAUGUUCUGGAUGAUUGGGGGGAUCUACGCUUCCUUCACAGCCUGGGGCAUCAUACCGAGAUACGGCUGGGGCUUCAGCAUGGGCACAGAGUUCCAGUUCCACAGCUGGCGAGUGUUUGUCCUCGUUGCAGCUCUUCCUGCUAUCGCCUCUUUGGUGGGACUGACCUUCAUGCCUGAGAGCCCUCGGUUCCUGCUGGAGAACGCCAAACACGAUGAGGCCUGGAUGAUCCUGAAGCAGGUCCAUGACACCAACUGGAGGGCCAAAGGUCAGCCGGAGAAAGUCUUCACCGUGACUCACAUCAAGGCUCCAAAGACAGCGGAGGACGAGUUCAUUGAGAUCCAGAGUGCGACAGGCACGCCUGUGCAGCGAUGGGCGGUGCGUUCGCUUGCACUCUGUAAACUGGUUUUGAGGAACGUAGCCUCCCUCCUGUCUGCAGAGCUGAGGUUCGCCACCCUUUUCAUGGCCGUCAUCUGGUUCUGCAUGGCUUUCAGUUACUACGGCCUGUCCGUCUGGUUCCCUGACAUGAUCAAGCACCUGCAGUAUGAGGAGUACCAGUCCAAGGUCAAGGUGUUCCAUAAAGAACGAGUGGAGAACUUCCAUUUCAACUUUUCUUUGGAGAACCAGAUCCAUAAAGAAGGAGAAUACGUCCAUGACAAGUUCAUCAACAUAGAGAUGAAGUCGGUCAAGUUUGAGGACUCGCUGUUUGAGGACUGUCACUUUGAGGAUAUUACGUCGACGGACACGGUGUUUGAGAACUGCACCAUCCGCUCCACUGUCUUCUACAACACGGACUUGUGGGAGGAGAAGUUCAUCGACUGUAAGAUGGAGAACUCCACCUUUAGCAACAACAAGCACGGCUGCCACCUGGACACCGUUGAGGAGAACGAUGUUCUCAUCUACCUGGUCAGCUUCCUGGGAAGUCUGGCUGUGUUGCCAGGCAACAUCCUGUCAGCUCUGUCCAUGGAGCGGAUUGGCCGGGUCAAGAUCAUUGGCGGCUCCAUGCUCACUUCAGCCGGCUGCACCUUCCUCCUGUUCCUCAGCUCCAGCCCAUCGGCGAUCAUCGCUCUGCAGUGCUUGUUCUGCGGCGUCAGCGCGGCUGCGUGGAACGGCAUCGAGGUGGUGACCGUGGAGCUGUACCCCGCUUCUAAAAGGGCCACAGCCUUCGGGGUGCUCAACGCUCUGUGCAAGCUGGCCGCCGUCCUGGGCAGCUCCGUCUUCUCCGGCUUCGUGGGCGUCACCAAAGCCGUGCCCAUCCUGCUGUCCUUCGCAGCGCUGGUGAGCGGCGGCCUGGUGGCCCUCAAGCUGCCGGACACCAGGGAAAAGAUCCUGCAGUGAGCGCGGGGGGAGGUGUGGCUUCAAUGAUGACAGAGGCUUUGAAGGUGAGGCGGAUGCCGAUUGUGUCACAAUGAGGAUGAGUUCAAACUCAAAGGAACGUCUGCAGACACGGGGCGUCCUGCUGUGCUGUAGAAACCCAGCCAUUCCUUUAGCCACACACUGAUCAUAGCCCUGCUGCAUGCAUGACGCCGACAGAGAGCGAGCAGUGACUGUACUAACCACAUCCUGUAGAUUCUUCAAGCUUAACAUUCCACUGUGUCAAACUAAUAAGGAGGCUAAUAACAGCGGGGAUAUGGCAAAUAAUGCAAAGCUUCCUCCCGCUGAAGCUUAUCAGGGAAACACGUACUCAUCAGCUUCACACAUGUUGGAGUGUGUGCAGUCAUUUUUUCGUCCCUGUCUGAGCGUGUAGCAGGUUUCAUCUGCAGCUGACUGUGGACCUUCCACGUCCAGUUUGCUCUUGUUGCUUCCGUCCCACUUCCUUCAUCACCUUCUUGUUUUUCUGCUGAUGCUUUUCUCUUUUCAUGUCCUCAAUGCGCAUUAUCAUAGCACCGUCUUAUGGAAGAAACUGAAAUCACUGGUAUGAAAAUGCUUGUAAAUGAAUGAGGAUGUUUUCAAUUGAUGCAAUAAACACUUGACGUGAGUAACUGUGAAAACAUUUCUAUCCUACUCCCAUUAUGUGACUUCUCUAGAUGAGAAGGUUGCUGACUAAGCUGCAGAAGAACUGGUGAACUUGUGCUUCAGAACCUUUGAUGCUGAUGCUGAUGCCGAUGCUUUACUGUACAGCACAGAAUAAACAGAAGUCAUCAUGUCUGGACUGUCCAUCACCAGCUUGUUUUGAAGCACAAAUUCACAAGCUCAUCUGGGUGUUUCUACUGUAGCUGGCUGCCUCCUCCCAGUAGACAGAUGCUUUAUACUGUAGGUUACCGGUUGAAACCAGAUGUGGUUUCACAUAAUAUUUGAUGAUCUACUGUACGUAACUACAUUCAUUUGCAUUUUGUGAGUGUGUUUCCUUGUCAAAAGUCAGCUCUCGUGUCCUUAAACACUCCCCAAACUUCCACAACCUGUGAACUGCUCUACUGGAUUGUAUGCACAUUUAACAAUGGUUUUGAUGUAUGGUGUUUUAGUGGCUCCAAUCACUGUCAGUGAAUGAAUUUUUAAUUGAUCUGAUGUUUUUGUGUAUUACUGUAAAGCUGAGAUGAAAUGUCAUAGUUGAUGGCUUGUUUUGUUGUUUGCUUUUUUUAAUCUCUUUUUCUGUACAAAUGUUUAUUGUUGAGUCCAGUUCUGUCUGUUACUGUGUGCAUUUGUGGCUGAGCCCAAUAAAUUGAGAUGCACCGAGA